AUGGAAAAGAAGUUCUUUGUUGGAAAGCCGAAUGAAAACCUAUUCACCAAGAGGCCCAAUAGAAUUAAAAAGUUCUCUGAUCAAAUAUGGCAACUGUUCUUACACGUUUCCUCUUGCGUUUUCGAGCUUCCACUCAUUCUUUCUACAACUUGGUGGUCAAAUCCAUUAUCAUGCUUCGAGCCAUGUCCAAAGUUCCAAACAGUAAGCUUAUUAGUUAAACUUGCUUAUACUUGGGAAGCCGCCGCAUACAUUUUCGAUGGCUUUGCUCAUAGAUUUUGGAAUGCCCGUAAAAAUGACUAUCAAAUCAUGUUUGCACACCACGUAUGCACUGCUUUGCUCAUUGCCGGCUCAUACUCUUGGAAUUUCUUCGCAUUCGGCACAAUUGUGAUGUUCCUCCAUGAUUUCUCAGAUAUUCCAGUUGACAUGCUUGUCAUUAUUAACCAGGCUAAGCUCGAAGGUGCACAGUACUUCUUCCUUACAGAAAUUCAAUACAUUACUACGACUCUUGAUUGGUUCCUCGUCAGAAACGUUUGGUUCCCAUUCAAGCUUUUGAUUCCACUAUACAAAGUUAUUUGCAUCAAGUCUGAGUAUCCAGAAGGUUAUACAAUGUACUUAUUCCUUUGCGUACUUAUGCACGCUUUAUACGUUAUGCAUGCAUACUGGCUAUUUGUCUUCCUUCGCAUUGGAUAUCAUAUCAUUACAAUGGAUGGCCAUGAUGAAAAGAGAGAAUCAUCAUAUGAAAAUGAUAUCAACGAAAAGAAGAAAAAUAAGAAGGAAGAAUGA